UGCACGAUGGGUUGUAGAAUUAUAAUAUUUACAUUUGCAGCCUUUUUUUGUCAGGUUCAGUCCCAACUAUGCGUAAAUCCGGGGGUGGUACCACAAGUUAUAGCAAAUCCUCAAUUAGUCACUGCUCCUCAAGUGAUCUCAUCACCUUUAAUAAGUACAACUAUAGUUGACAACUCUGUCUCGACCGCUCUGGCAAACGCUCUACAACUUCUUAUAGUUAGCAAUAUUAUAGAAUCGAAAUUAGGUGCAUCUUGCUUAACUAACUUACUUAAUGUAAAUCCUGUUAUUGAACCUGUAGCUCCAUGUUAUCCAAGAGUAAAUAUUGCCGAAUAUAUAACUCCUAUAACACCUUGCACUUCGUCUGUAGAAAUAAUAUCACCCUGUCGGUCUUUUAUAGAACCUAUUGCGCUUAAUUAUGGUAUAUCAGACACAUUCUAUAGUAAACCGUAUGGAGCUAUCGAACCGUAUCCGUAUUUAGGUUGCUCUGAAAUUUUACCAAAUUUAUAUGACAGAUUUGCUCCUUGCGGAACUGAAAUUGUUAAUCCGUGGCUUUCUAAUGUCUAUCUUCGCGAUGUAGUGACUCCGAGUAACUAUUGUGGUGUGGAUGAAAUAAUAUCUCCUACCUUUUAUCCGUAUAACAAUUGCGGAGUAGAUAUUAUAACAUCUAGCCCAUUCACACCUAUAUGUGGAAAUGAUGUCGUUGCUAUACCAUCCUAUAAUCCUGGUUGUUUUGGAGGAUUUAAUGAAAUAAUCGCUCCUAUUCCAUAUACCUCUUGUGGGGAUAUUAUUACCCCAUUUAACCCUUGUGGAGUAACGGAGCUAAUUUCUCCAUGUGGACCAUUUUACGGAGGAUUGCCUGAAGUAAUAACACCAAUCAACCCCUGCAAUACUGGAUGUUUUGGAAAUGUGGCUGAAUUUGUUACCCCUUAUAACUAUUUUGGGGGAAUAUCAGAAAUUAUCAGCCCAAUAUCUCCUUGCAACCCUGGCUGUGGAGUGCCUGAAAUUUGCUCACCAUGUUCACCAUACUACGGGGGUAUUCCUGAAGUAAUAUCACCAGUGUAUAAACCAGGAUGUGCCGGUAUUCCAGAAUUAUUACCUUCUAACCCAUUUGGCCCUUGUCGUGGACCUGAAAUUGUUACACCAUGUGUAACUAAUAGCUAUCCUGAGGUAAUAAUCCCAACUUCAUAUUGUGCAGGUUGUUCAGGUUGUGAAUUUUGUGGACCAGCUGCAUUUCCUACAAAUUUUGGUUACUUACCUUCUUGGCCAGGUGCGUUAGGUAAUUCUUUUAAUUAUUUGUAAGUAAUAAGUGUAAUAAGUAAUAAAUAUUAUUUUGUUAAACA